AUGCCUCCCUCCCUCGUCGACCUACCCGUUGAGCUCCUUGAUGCCGUUUGCUCCCAUCUUAGCCCUUGUCAUCUACUCCCCCUUCUCAAGGUCUGUUCCCCCGUCUCCCCAGUCGCCCAGCGCAGACUCUAUCGCACUAUUUUCGCAGCUCCUGCAGCCAAAAAUCUUUCCGUCGUCCUCACCCUCGCGAGAAAUCCUCUUCUCGCACAGUAUGUCACCUCUUUCUCUAUCAAUCUAGACUCCCGGCCCUCCUUGUUCCUGUCCUUCUUUCGCCAUCUUGCGGUGGCGCUUGGGAACAUGACCAACCUCGUCCAUUUGUGCGUCUUCGUCCCUCCUCGGGUCAGCUGGAUAUUACUUCCAAUCAACUCAUCACACUACCCCUCCUUAUCCCACUUCUCAUGCUCGUUUCCCUUUAAUUCUCAUGUCGCGACCUUCCUAAAAGCCACCCCUUCCCUUCUAAAAUUAGAGGUGGACACAUUAUCCCCUUCAUUUCAACACGACUAUCUCGAGGCCCUUCCAUCUUCCUCGGUACCUCAUUUGUCCCACUUUACUGGUUCCUCCCAGGCCGCCCGUGCCAUCGUCCCAGGCCGUCCAGUUCAAUCUCUCCGUAUUAAUUCAGGUCAUGUCGAUGACAGCGUUGUCGAUGCCAUCAGCCAAUCCACAGCUGAUAUAACAGUCUUUGAAGCCACAACUACGUCUUUCCCUGCGUCGCUGCUCCAUCUUCUUUCCCAGCGCUUGCACCAAAUGAUCUAUCUCAGGAUUUCAUCCACCUGUAAUUUCUCGGGACUCCCCGACACGGCUUUUUACAAAGAUAUUGCCAGCGCCUUGACAAAAUUCCCAGCCCUUGAAGGGUUUGAACUCUCUGGGAUGCUCUGGGGCUCCGUAAAACCAGACCAAAAGCAGGUCGGAAGAAUUUGGCAGUCAAAGCCGCUUGACAUUGAUUUCGGCCCAGAGGAAGGUGCUGAAUCUAUUGAUUCUUAUUUGGAUUUUUCUUACUACUACUGA